ACACUCUGAACCUGGAAGCUGUAAGUAGCCACUAGCCUGGAGAGGGUCUAUGCAUGGCCAAGCUGAGGGCAGCAGACACUGGACCCCCGGGAACUCUCUGCAACCAAGUGAACACAUAAGGCCUGCAGAGACUGGCUUGCCAACAGCUGGACUUGAUCACCAGCUUGAAACUGAGAUCAUGCACUGGGUAGAAUAACAAGCGGACUUUGUUCUCUCUGGCUAUGCAAAGCGUUGUUUUCCAAGGAAUUGCCACAGCAGCAGACAGAAAACCAGAGAUCACCACCUGGACCCUUGAGUCAUUUUAGAGAACCAAAGUUCCUGCGAAGUGUGCAGGAUGAUGGUGGCCCUUCGGGGAGCUUCUGCUUCACUGGUUCUCUUCCUUGCAGCAUUUCUACCCCCACCACAACAUGCCCAGGACCCAGCCAUGGUACACUACAUCUACCAGCGCUUCCAAGUCCUCGAGCAAGGGCUGGAAAAAUGUGCCCAAACAACAAGGGCAUAUAUUCAAGACUUCCAGGAAUUCUCAAAAAACAUAUCCAUCAUGCUGGGGAGGUGUCAGACCCACACAAGUGAAUAUAAGAGUGCAGUGGAAAACCUUGCCCUGAGAGUGGAGCGUGCCCAGCAGGAGAUCGACUACCUGCAGUACCUGCGAGAAGCUGACUUCUGCAUUGAAUCUGAAGAGAAGACACUGGCUGAAAAGGUGCUUCUAGAAGCAGCAGAAGAAAAGAAGAUCCGAACCCUGUUGAACACAAGCUGUGACAACAUGCUGAUGGCUAUCAAGUCUCUGAAAAUCGUGAAGAAGACCAUGGACCCAGAUGGCUCUUGGAUGAAAGAUGCUGGCAGUAACUCUGCAAAAGUGUAUCUAUUAGCUGGAUCCAGAAACAACACAGUUUGGGAAUUUGCAAAUUUGCGGGCAUUCAUGGAAGAUAGCAUCAAGCCUGGUCCCCGUAAGCUAAUCUUACCACUUUCCUGGCAGGGAUCAGGGCAAGUGGUCUACCAAAGCUUUCUAUUUUUUCACAAUCAAGGAACUUCUAAUGAGAUAAUUAAAUAUAAUCUGCAGAAGAAGACUGUGGAAGAUCGAAUGCUUCUCCCAGGAGGGGCAGGCCGAGCACCCAUCUAUCAGCACUCCCUCUCUACGUACAUUGACCUUGCUGUGGAUGAACACGGACUCUGGGCCAUUCACUCAGGACCAGGUAUCCAAGGCCAUUUGGUUCUCACAAAAAUUGAGCCUGACACUUUGGGAAUAGAACAUUCAUGGGAUACACCGUGCAGAAGCCAGGAUGCUGAAGCUUCAUUCCUACUGUGUGGGGUCCUCUACGUUGUCUACAGUUCCGGUGGCCAGGGCCCUCAUCGAAUCACCUGUGUCUAUGAUCCACUGGGCACUGUCAGGGAGGAGCAUCUGCCCAAUUUGUUCUUCCCUAGGCGGCCAAGAAGUCACUCCAUGAUCCAUUACAACCCCAGAGAUAAGCAGCUUUAUGCCUGGAAUGAAGGCAAUCAGAUCAUUUACAAACUCCAGACAAAGAAAAAGCUGCCUCUGGAGUAAUGGCUGGCAUUGGAGGGAGAGCUGUGUGACUUGGGCAGUGGUUUUCCGGGACACUGAGGUCACAGCCCCUUUAUAGUGGAGUAUCUGACCCUCUAGAUGCACACAGGAAUAGGUUCUAAAAGUUGAAAUACAUAUUCUUCCUUUCUCAAAUGUCA